UCCAUAAAGCUAUGAACCAAGAACAAAUUACAGAGGUUGGAUAGGGAAAGAGCAUGUGUUUAUUUUGCCAUAUCUCGGCCAAUUCGUACCAUAUUCAACUGAUUAAGUACAUUCAGAAAUAAUUCAUAAUGCUCUUUUGGGAUCUAGGGUCAAAAUUGAAAAAUUCUAAAAGUAGAUUUUAGUGACGUCAUCACUUCAGUAAUUCUAUUCGUUGGCGUCUUUAAUUAAGAGAGGCUUCCUGGAGAAUCCGUUAUUUGGAUUUAGUUGGAUCAGGAUUCAGACAACAGAAUGUUUCAACAGGUGAACUUGUAGUAUGAAAAUUAGCAUGCAAGUUGACGUCUGGAAAGUAUGAUAUUUUGGCGUUCUUCACUUUUGUUUUCUUUUGACAAAUCUUUUGCAUCAUAAAACAAACAAGAGAUCAAAGUUUUGCUACUGGCGUAAGGUAUGCCUUCAAUUUUAAAAUUAGUCAAUUUCGUAGCUGCGUGUGCCUUUUGAGUUUGUUUGAUAAAUCAAUCAAAUCUUUUCCAAUUGAAGCACAUAGGCUGAGAUUUUUUAAUUAGCAGUGCACUGUUUCGUGUGGUUAAAAGUAAACUUUGACGACGCACGAAUUUCUAUCAAAAGAGUAAGAGACACAAGAGCUUUUAGAAACUCGUUCGAAGCAUUUAUUUGCUAAUGCAAGCAAUGAAUCAGGUCAUAGAAUGCUGUAUUCGAUCAAGAGAGAAAGCAAGCUUCAGGCAACUCUGCAAGUAGCUUUGCUCUUAGAUUUGUGCAAGUUUCGUGAGCUUCAACAAUUCUUAUUUAGAAGAAGAAGAAGAAUUAUAAAGAGAGAAAUAGAAGACAAGAAGCAGUGGAAGAAGAAUAAGAAGCAGAAGAAGACUGCAACAAGAAGAAGUAGAAAACAAGAAGGAGAAGUAAAGGAGAAGAUAACGAGGGGGAAGUUUUAUUGAAAGAAAUGAAAGAUAGAUCGGCAAUCAAUGGCCAACAGUUAUAAGGACUUUUCCUCUACUAGCCUCUACAAUCAAUGACUAAGAAAGUGAAAGUGUAAAUCAAAACGACGUAUGUCCUCCACUUCCGGGACUGAUACAGUUGCUAAUCAUAUGAGUUUGACCUAUCACCGUGCCUCAUUCGAUACGUUGUCGUUGAAAAGCAAGCGUGAGAAGACUACAUUGAUAUCUUAGCGAAAAUACACGAAGAAGCUGUAGAAGUCCUAGAUUAUAAGCCACAUUAGAUUUUAUCCAAAGACGCAAAAAUCUUGAAAUUGCCCCUGUGAGUUGCAAUUUCGAGUCAUCUGGCGCCAUCCCGUUUCAAAUGAAAAAGUAUAAACGGAUGGGAUUUACUGAAGCUUACAUGUAGCAGAUAUGUUUUACGUUUCCUUCAUACUCCUUAUUAUUUUGAUUGUGCUUUCCUUGACUGGCAACCUGCUGGUGAUCCUGUCUGCUGUAGCGAAUAAAAAACUACGGAAAUACACACACAUCUUAAUCCUGAACCUUGCAACGUCGGAUUUUUUAAUCUCUUCUUUUUCGCUGACGCUGCGUCUCGUCCGAUUGUCUGAUACAUACGGUUUGAUAAAUGUACCAAAAAUUUCAACAAGCGCGUUCUGUAAAUACACAACUUGUGUAACGAUCACAUUAUUUGCUUCAUCAAAUUUUAACCUUCUUCUCUUGACCUUCGACAGAUAUUGUGCCAUCAACCAUGCUUUGGCUUACAAGCUAUUUUUCAAACGUUAUCAUAUGUUUUUCUUGAUCGCGACAGCUUUGAUAUUAGCGGUGGUAGUGGGAGCUGUACCGGCGUUCGUCGAAGAAGUUCUGCGGGAAAAGUCUUUCAGCAAUCGUGAUUCGGCUUGUUUGUUUUCUUCGGUUAUCGACCCAGGCUAUAAUGUUUUUAUAACAAUAUUUACUUUCUUUGCACCCCUCAUUGUAAAGAUCGCUUUGUAUAUAUCAAUCGCACGAAAAGUCCACAGUUCCCAUACUGCUUAUGAUGUCUCGAGAAAGAGGAACAAGAGGAUCCGCUCUAGUUUGACGCGCGAUGUUAUCAAGCGCAGAGAGCGGCAUAUGGCUAUGGGAAUUCUUUUUUUACUCGGCGCUCACACUGCCUUACUAGCGCCGAUUGCUAUUUUGGAUUUCGUACGCAUAUUCGGAGGGAUAAAAGCACCAUCAUACGCAAUAGAGAUAUGCCUUCUUCUCACUUACACGAACCCCGUCGUUAACGCACCGACGUAUGCGGCAGCAAGCAAGGAUUAUUAUCAAACAUUCCGAAAUCUGGUCUGUUGUUUUGGGAAUCAAAGCGUCUUUGAAAUCUGCACGAAAAACAGAACAACAAAUGAAAACAAUGUUUCUAUGGAGCAUAGAGGGCGCAAUGCUGAUGGAAAUGAUAUUUGGCAUAUUUCGAUGAAGAAACAAGACUCACAUUCUCUUUGAUAUAGAUUUAUUUAGCUCUUCAAGGGUCUUUUUUCAUUACGUUCAAAUUAUUCAUUAAAUUUAAAUGGACUCAGUAGUAUAUAUAUUUUUCUAUAAGCUUUUUUUAUAGAAAUAAGCGACAUGAUCAACACUGUGUUUAUAGCAUAAAUAUACUUGUUUUAAUAGAACUGAACUCGUGUAAACAAUUCACACGUUUCAUUGAGAAAUUUAGACUGAUUACAAAACUAUUAUUAUUUGAUUGUCUCAAAAAUUUAAUGCUUGAAUUUAAACAAUGUUACCAAAAAACUAUAUUGUGGUGAAAAUAAGGGAAUCUUUAAUUAGUUCAAACAAAAACGAUCCAAGUAAUUUCAAAUAUGCUGAAAAUUAGAAAGUAUUGAAUAAUGUUUAACUUUUAUAUACAGCUGUUAUUUUAGGCGUUGUUUUAUUUUGCAGCAACAAAAGAAAAUAAAAGUUUUGUAAUUUCUGAUAAAAAUGCGAACAGUUUCCUAGAAACUUAGUAAUCCCAAUAAUGAAUUGCUUUAAAGAAACAUAGGACCAAGAAAAUGAGAAACAGAGCACAACGUUCUCUUGUACCAACAGUUGCUUGUUAUGUGAUGGCUUUAAAGAUCUAAGUGAAGAAUCAGCAGUAGGCUUUAUGAGUGAAAAAGCUUGUACCAUAGAAGUUUUAGAUACUCUUCUGCCUUACAUACAUAACCAGCAGAUACUUCAAGUGAUGUCUCCAGAAGCAAUGGUCGACGCAUUAGAUAGCCUUUUGCUGUAUAUUUAGACUGAAGUAGCCAUUGGAGUUUAUGUUAACUGAACUGGUCUUGUGCAGUCCAUAAGCUGGAUACGUAAUCAUAAUAUACAUAGAAGAGUGAAAAAUUGUUUUAAUCGAUGUAAUCCUAUAGGACCUAACAGUGACUAAACCAGGAAAUAUUUGAAGGGGUGUGACUGCUUAUAAAAAUUUACAAUAUCUCCCCUUCUAAGACUGGCAGAACGAGGUUGAACGGUUUCUAAGAAAUAUGAAAUAGAAGAAUUUGAUCCCUAUUCAUAACAGUACUUUUGCAUGUUAACUUCAUGAAAGUUCUGCUGGGUUUAAAAGACUGUUCUCCUGGUUUUCAAAGAGCUUGGUCCUGAAUUUUUGCCAGGGACACAUCGGCAUACCAAUCUACAUGUAUAUCAUCUUAUUAAAGAACAUUGCUCUUAACACCAUCAGUAUUCCAUUAUUUAACCCUUCCACGGAGUUUUAUCAUUUCUUAAAUGGGUCUAUUGAUAAUUUUCCUAAUUUUUUCUAUGACUGUGUAGAUAUUAAAAUGUUAUAGUUUGGGGUGUUUUAGAGCAAGCUUGUCAGCUUCAAACAGUUUUUUCUUAUUAUAAGAACUUAGAGAGGUUUCAUUUUAUUACACAAUUACACAAUUUGAUGAAUGUGAUAAUUUUAUUGGACAAUGAACCCAUAAAUUCUUGGAAUGACUGACCAUAUGAAAUUCGACAGUUAUAAACGGCCAUAUAUAUUUCCACAUUACAUACAACCUGGCAUCCAAGCUCCAGAUAUUCAAAGAUUUAGUUGUAUUGAAAUAUCCGCCGUUCAAAUUCCUAUUUUUAUCACUGCAGGCAACAGCUUU